AUGUUCACCUGCAUCUCCUGCAAAGUCGCCUUCGAGGAUGCCUCGGAGCAGCGCGGUCAUUUUGCCACCGACUGGCAUCGCUACAACAUGAAGCGGCGAGUCGCAGACCUGCCGCCCCUCCCAGCUCACUCCUUCAACGAGAAGGUGCUCGAGAGAAGGGAGCAGAACGCUAUCCGUACCGAUCCAAGGGGGAUGCAGUGCUCGAUCUGCAGCAAGUCCUUCUCAACCGAGAAUGCGUAUCGAUCGCACGUCCAGUCAAAACGUCACCGUGAUCGGGAAUUCGCCCACGCCAAUCGCACACCGGCGGAGCAGGCCUCGGCUCUGGCAGCUCCUCAGGAGCAGGGCGGGGCGAAUGGCGAGCCCAUCAGCGAUGGGGAGGAUGAGGAGAGCGAGGAGGAAGAGGAUAUCGACAAGAAGCUUGCCUCAUACCGUCGUCGGAUUUCCCCAUCCGACUGUCUCUUCUGCAAUACCCACACCGCGUCCAUCGAAGAAGCGGUCGCCCACAUGUCUCGGUUCCACAGCUUCUUCCUCCCGCAUCGCGAGUCCAUCACGGAUCUACCCGGUCUCCUCGCUUACCUUGGAGAGAAGGUGGUCAUCGGAAAUCUCUGCUUAUACUGCCCGAACGGCGGGAAGGAGUUUGGGAGUGUCGACGCAGUCCGGAAACACAUGAUCGACAAGGCGCAUUGCAAGAUGGCGUAUCAGACGGAGGAGGAUCAGGCGGAAGUCCAAGAGUUCUACGAGGGAGGACGAGGAGACGAAGAGUGGGAGGAUGUAGAUAUGGGAUCGGACGACGAGCAGAAUGUCGAGACCGCCCAACACCCCUUCAUCUCCGACGACGGACUCUCUCUUACCCUUCCAUCUGGGCGGACCCUCGGUCAUCGUGCUCUCAAAAUCUACUAUGCUCAGCGCAUCCGUACUCGUCCUCAGGGCGACACAUCCCUGUCCAAGAUUGAGAGCGUCCGCCAGCAGCUCGCUGAUCCCACUCAAGCGCUCAUCCCUAGGAAGGGCGGCCAUGGCGGGUUUGGUCAGGGGUUGGAGGUGAUGAAGGCGAGGAACGCGGGCGAAGCAAAGUGGGCCAAGAAGCAGGGAUCGUCGCAUUUGGAUCAGCGGAAACGAGCGGAUUUCAAGGCUAGGAUCGGAGCUGUUGGGAACAACCAGAAACGUGAGUGA